AUGAGCGCAACGCAGAAACUCGAUGCUGAUGCCAAGGCUAUGGCCACACCCGCGGACUCCAAGCAGGAAGUCAAGCCGGUGAAGGUCUCGAAGCCUCGGAUUGACUGCAUUGACGGCUGCCGCUUCGCAUUGGUCUUCCCCAUCGUCAUUGCGCACUUCGCGAGGUUCGGCACCAGCAAUCUGACGGCGCUGAAGCUGCUGACGCAGGAAAACGUGCUCGUGGGAGGCUUCUUCGUCAUCUCAGGAUAUGUGUCUGCUUACACCUCCACGAAGCUUGGCGAGCGGAAGGCGGAAGACAAGAAGCUGGCCAACCCAGAGCUCUUCUUCUGGCAGAGGGUGAUGGCGUACUAUCCGUUGCACUUCGUGAUUUCCUGCCUCUUCGCCCCGAUGUUCAUCCAGGUUGAGAGGUGGUACAACACUCCCUGGACCACGACCGCCUUCCGUGCCUUCCUGAACUUCAGCAUGCUGCAGGCUUGGUUCCCCAAGGAAGCAGAGAUCUGGAAUCAGCCCACCUGGUUCUUGUCGGCCCUGACGUUCUCGAACCUCACCAUGCCGACGCUGGUGCUGCCGCAGGUUGCGCAGCUGUCCAAGAACGGUCUUCAGAAGCUCUUCGCUGCCUUGACUGGCAUUUCGCUCCUGCAGAAGGUCUCUUACUCGGAGACUGCCCGCUUCCACAGCAGCAAGGAGCACCCGGUGAACGGACAGGUGAUGCACCCUCUGAUCUGGAACUUGACCCGCUUCCACCCCUUCUGGGCGCUGAUCGAGAUGACGAUGGGCAUCGUCGCGGCCAGGCACGUCAUGCUGGACACGGAGGAGGACAAGAAGAAGCCGACCACGAACCCCCUGUGGCUCUUCAUGGCGGCUUACGCUUCCUUGGGUCUGCGUUUGACCAAGUUCGACUUCAAUGAUGCGAUCAUUCGUGGCUUGAUCUUCGUCCCGAUCUUCACGAAGCACGGCCCAAUUGGACAGAUCUUCUACAAGAAGGUUCUGGCUAAGCGGAUCUGGGGUGCGCCGAUGCCGACGUCCUUCUUUCCGUUCUACCUCCUUAUCUGCUUGGGUCUGAGCCAUCUGACCAAUGAAUACUUCGUCAAGAACAAGAAGGUGUCAGCCAUCGCGGGGAAAGUUGCUCAAUUCCUGGGAAACUGGACUGAGGGCAUGCUGCGUGAUCGUUCCUAA